CUCACGCUCGGUGUUGGUGCCGAGCAGCUGCAGUGCAAGCAAGUGUGUGCGCCGUGUGCAUCCUUUGCAGCGGUCCCAAUUGUUGUGCGUCGCGUGUCUAUGUGUGUGCGUGCUUGCGUGAGAAGGAAAGUGCGUUUCCUUUGUGUGGCAAGCGCGCAGCCAGUGGCGUGCUGUUGUUGAUAUUGUUGCAGCUUCCUCCGAUCAUCACCUCAAUCACAACCACCGCCAGCGCAAAACCGCAACAACCAAUCAACCAACCGACCAACACCACCGUCUUGUUCUACGAUCUCUUCCCGACUGGUGCGAGCUGUGCCCAAUGGUGGUGGUAAUAGGCGGAUAGUAAAACGGAGGCUCUGAAGCUCGAGAUCUCCGUACAUCCGUGUUCCGGCGUGCUGCACCGGCGAAAGCGACCAUCCUUAUGCAUCGCUACCGGCAACAGUAUCAUCACCACCGCCACCACCACCACCUUCACCAGCACCACCAACAACAACAUCAUCGCCCUCUCCGUCGCCAUCACCAUCGCCACCUCCGCCGCCAAGUGCUGCUGCAUCACCUUCUGCAGAGCCAUCGACAACAGCUGCGACCGGCCGUCGCCCGCGACUCGCUCGGCAGAAGGUUCAGCGUGUGCGUGUGAAGCAAGGAAGCGAAAAGGGCACAGGAGGCAAAGCGGUGUGUGCGAAAAAUAAAAAGAAAAUAGAAUCAACGAAGGAGAGAAGAAGGAGGAGGAGGAGGAAGUAGAGCGAAAGGGCAGAGGAAGGGCUUCGUUGUGCCUCCCUGCGUUUGAAAUCCCGCCUUCCCCAACCUCCCCCUCGCCCACCCCCCCCUGGUGCCAGCCUCCAGGUGAAUGUGUACGCCGGGUGCACGCGCGCCCAUGUGUGUGUGUGUGUGCACGGGCGUGUGUGUGUUAAUUGGCGUGAGUUCGUUACGCCCCAGAGCCAACGCCGGAGGAGGCCCGGCCAGUGUGUAGGUGUGCGCGCGCGUGUGUCACCCGGGGUGUGUGUAUGUGCGUCGGUGUCCUACACAUGGUGCGUAAGCGCACACCGUGAUUGCGUAGACCGUUCCGUGUUUCCGUUUCCGGGUGUUGGUGCGCGUGAGUGUGUGUGUGUGUGUGUGUGUAAGUGUGCACGCACGUGACCUGAACCAACCAAGUUCGGUUCAGCGCACUGCCCGUGUCCUGUGUUCCAAAAGAAGCUGCUCUGCGUGCUCACCUAGUGGCUUGUAAAGCUGGAGCAGAAGGAGCAGUCCCACCUCGUUGUCGUCGCCCUGUCGGUCAACUGCCUACGCGACCGACAAGACCACCACCGACACCACAGCCGCCACCAACAGCACAAACAGCAGCAACCAAUGCAACAAAGAAUGCAGCGCUGCCGGGGCUGAGCGGAGGAAAACCAUGGAAAUACAUGUGAAGCAGUGCAAGCAGCGCAACAGACGACGGGAGCGGGCCCAACGUAUGAUCGCGGAGCGGGACAAGGAUGCGGCCGCGGACGCAACCGGUAACCGGGAUCCGGACGACAGUGCCGACGAGGACAGCGGGCCGCUGAGCCGGGAGAAACCGCACCGGCCUCCCGUGCGCCGGAAACGCAAGGAGAAGGAACCGUCACCCGUGCUCGAGGAGGACAUCAUCGACGGGUUCGCGAUACUCGCGUUCAAAACGUACGAGGAUAUCGAGUUUGCGAUCAAAAUCGCCAACAAGCGCAAUGAGAAGCGACUGUCGUCGAUCGUGGAACUGACGACAGUCAUGGUGCAGGAGGAGAAGCCACCGAAAAUCAUCGACACCACGCUGUCCAAGCUGGCCGGUGCGGAUAAGGUGGCGCUCGUCGACGGCCUAUCGGUGGCCAGCCUCAACAAUAACAGUAGUAGCAACAACAACAACAGUAUCAACAGCGACAGCCAGUCCCAGGCUGCCGGUGUCAACAGUAACCAUCAUCCGCUGCAUCACCCGCCGCACCAUACCCUGCACCACCCGGCGCUACAGGCCGGUGGCAAUGGGAACUCGGCGGGCGGCGUUGGCGGGACCACGGUGUCCACCAACAACGCCAGCAGUGGGAACGGUGGUGCCGGUAGUAACAAUCCCGGUGUUGUCGACGGUGGCCUGACGCCCGACGGAGGCCUACUGAAUGCCGCCAACGGUGGUGGCAGCGCCGGCAGCAAUCACCACAACCAUCUGCUCAACCACAGUCACCAUAAUCACCUUCACAACCACCACCACCAUCUGCACCAUCACUACAGCAACCACAACCAUCAUCCACCGCCGCCUUCGCCGCAACAGCAGCAGCAGCAGCAACAAUCGGCGUACUCCUCUCCCCUGCACCAUCAUCCCCACCACCUGAACCAUCUAGUCGUGAGCAAUGGGACGGCGGGAACGACGGCGGCAACCGGUGAUAGCAGCAGUUCAGGGCCAAGCAAUAGCAACAGUAGCAAUGGAAGCAGCAAUAGCGGUGGUGGCAGCGUGAACGGUGCUCCGGAUCCGUCGGCGACGCAGACCACCACGACACAGAAGGUGCCCGGAAGCAACAGCGUCGUCGGCGGUACCACCAAUGCGACCGGCACCGGUCCGAGCGGCACCGGAAGCAGUAGUAUCAACGUAAACAGUAGCAGUAAUAAUCAUAGCAUCAACGGUAGCAACAGCAGCAGCAGCAGUAGUAGCAGCAGCAUUUCUUUAAGUAACAACGGCAGUGCCAGCAUUAUUGGCGGAGGAGCCGGCAACGGCGGUGACGAGCUGGGCGCUGUGAACGGGGCCAGUUCCGGAAUGGGCGCCGGUAGCAACACGGACGGCACCAACAGUAGCAGUAGCAGCAGCAGCGGCGGUAGUAGCAAUAGUACGAGCAACAACACCGGUCCGGGCAGCACGUUGCCGACCGGUGGCGGUACGAUUAACCACGGCGGCAGCGUAAACCACCAUCAACUUCAUCACCAACACCAUCAUCAUCAGCAGCAGCAACAGCAGCAGCAGCAGCAGCAGCAGCAACACACCCAUCAUCUUCAUCAGCAUCUUCAACAGCAACAUCCGCACCAUCAACAACACCAUCAACAUAACCAUCACUUGUCAGCGGCACAUAAUCUUUCUCUACCUUCGAUCAUCGAUCCGGGCACGUCGGACGACAGUGGGCGCGCCUCGGAGCGGCUGACGACGUCGUCCGUGGCCCAGCGGGAUCCGGACAGUUCGCGGGACCGGCUCAGUGACGCCAGCAGUCGCUGCAGCUCCGGCAAAGGAUAUAUCUGUGAUAGCGAAGGAGAAGACGAUAAGGUAUCGAAUGGACCGCUGGGGACGCAUUUGACGUCAAUCGGAGGCGGCGGCCAGCAACAAGCAGUUGCGUCAUCUCAGCAGCAGCAACAGCAGCAGCAGCAGCAGCAGCAACAGCAACAGCAACAACAGCAAGUGUCACCAUCUUCGCAGCCGCCAGCCUCGCCACAAACGGCCGCCGGUAUGAGCAACAAGCCGCUGCUGCCGAUGGCGUCCGCAAAGAUACCGACCAGCAACGCCACCACCACGUCCUCCCAGAAGCAACAGCAGCAGCAGCAACAUCAACCGGUGGUGGGCAGUGCGCCGCCAUCGCCAUCACCGCAAGCUGCCGGAGGCAACCCUCCACAGCCGCACCCGUCGGCGGCGGCAUCCAUUCAAUCUCAGCUGCCUCCAUCGCCACAGCAGCAGCAGCAGCAGCAGCAGCUGCAGCAGUCAUUGACGGCGGCACCCAGCAGUGGUUCGUUAAAGCCAGGCUUUCUCGGCGUUGCCGGACCGAACGGUGGCGGUUCAGGGAGCGGCUCUCUGAUGGCGCCGUCGGCGGCUGCAAAUCUCUCGAAUAGUAUAGGACCAAGCGGCAAUCCUGCGAUGGCGCCCAGCAGUGGCGGUCAUCACCCUCACCAUCACCAAUCGCAGCAGCAGCAGCAGCAGCAACAGGCUGGCGGCUCAUCAGUGGCGGCUAUUGGUGGAAGCGGUCCGUCGGGUGGCGGUAGCAGUAGUAGUAGCAGUGCGGCACCAUCCUCUCUGCCACUGUCGGUGCCGCACACGCCUCCGGCGGCUACGCCAGCCACCACCGCCGGCCAAACUGGACCCGCGCAUCCCUCGCUCGAAAGCACCAGCUCGUCGUCGACAGCGGCGGCAGCGGCUGCAUCGGUGGCGGCGGCGGCUGUUGGAGCCCUGCGCACCAACAGUCCGGCAGUGCCCGGCGUCGGCGGUGGCGUCCCAUCGCUCUCAGCGGCGACGGCGGCUGGUCCGACGGCCGCCACGCUACUCAACGGCAACCACGCGGCGGCUGUAGCGGCGGCGGCGGCGGCGGCUGCGGCUAAUCAUCCCUCGAUUAUGAUGGCGAAUGGGCUCGGCAGCCUGCCACCGCACUACCGCUACACCGGCUACCCGCUGUACUCGCCGUACGGUGGCUUCCAGCACAGUCCCUACUUGCCGCCCUCGGUCACCUCGCCCAACCUGUCCCCGCGGAUGCAUCCGGCCCUCGGGCCGAUGCCGCACACGCUGAUGGGGCUGGGGCUGAUAGACGCGCGGUUACAGCCGCCCCUGACGGCGGCUCCCACCGGCAACGGCCGUGGUGGCGCUCCGAACGACCGCGACCCGUCGCCACUCAUAGCCGCCGCCCAGCAUCACCAGGCCAGCAGCCAGCAGAAGAUGCGCCCGAUCACGCCCAGCUCCAGCAGCAGUUCCUCGUCGUCGUCCUCGUCGUCUUCCGUCACGAUCGUCUCGAGCACGGCUCCGUCGCUCGUGCCCGGCAACGGCGGCCCACUCCACUCGCUGGCGGCUGCGGCGGCGGCGGCUGCCACCGGUGACUCCUCGCAGCCGCCGCACCCCUCGCUCCGUGACCCACACGCGCACGGUCCGGUACAUCCUCCGCCGCCCGGUGGCCUUCAUCUGCCGCCCGGAGCUGGAGCCGCCGGACCACCGCCGCCUCCCCCACACCACCACCUGCUGCCGCCUCAUCCCGGUGCCGGUGGUGGAGGAGGGCCUGGAGCGGGCCAUGUGCUCGUCGGUCACCACCAUCACCCGCAGCUCGUGGUCGGCGGCCCACCGCCUCCACCCGCAGGACUCGUCCCACCCGGUGUCGGUGUCGGGGUCCCGCCUCAGCACCAUUCGGCUGGCUCCUCCUCGACGUCCUCCUCGCACCCGUCCCCGCACGCCACCAACAAUGGCGGCCCGGGCGGGCAUCCCCAUCAGGCGGCGGCGGCGGCGGCUGUCGGCUCCUCCAACAGCAAUGGCAGCAAUAGCAGCAGCAGUAGCAGCAGCAGCAGCAGCAGCAGUAGCGGAGGCAGCAUCGUCAUCUCCUCCCGUCCCCACUCACCCCGCGGCCACAGUCCGAAUAGGGAGCGCGAAAGCUAUAGCAGUAACAUCAGCAGCCUGUCUCGCUCGACGCCCGGCUCCACGAUUCCACCGUACGGAGGUGGUGGUGGCGGUAGUGGAGGCCCCGGACCGGGUGGAGGAGGUGGGCCGUCACCGGCGUUGCCAACGUUCGGCGGUGGCGGCGGACUGCCACACUCGGUUGCGCUGGCCGUCUCCUCGGCGGCCAUGUCGGCGGCCGUCUCUUCUAGUCUCACGUACCCCAAAACGACGCUCGCCAUCGGCGGCACCAUCCUCUCCUCGUCCUCCUCAUCGUCGUCCUCCGGCUCGUCGGCGUCCGGUGCGGGCGCCGGGGUAGUGCCUCCCGGGUGGCCGCCAAGUGCCGCUGCCCCCACCGGCCAGCCCACCGUACCGCUCACGCACCCGCACUCCCACUCGCCCGCCAUGGCCGGCGGCGGUGGACACAGUUCUUCCUCGUCCUCGGCAGCCGCGGCGGCCGGAUCGCACCACCACCAACAUCACCCGCACCACCAUCAACCCCACCAUCAGCCGCCGCCGCCUCCGCCGCCAUCGCAUCCGCAUCAACACUCGCGCCCGACGCCACCUUCCCCCUCGCACCAGCAGCUGCCGUCGGUGUCGAUGGUCACCUCGAGCAGCUCGUCGAUCGCCGUCUCGUCGCCAUCGUCCUUUCCGACGCCCCUGUUCGCCACGCCGAUCCCCCCGCCCACGACCGUCUCCGCCGGCAGCUCCGUGCCCGUCUCGUCCAGCAGCGUCGCCUCGCCGGCCAGCACGCAGCCCCCGCCGGCACCCCAUCCGCACCCAUUCUCGGCCGAAUCUCUCUUCUCGACGAAAGUGUCCGACCAAGCCGAUAUGCUGCGGCGCGAGCUGGACAACCGGUUUCUCGACCGCAGCGGGCUGACGGCGGUUCAACCCGGGCCACCCUACCUGCGCCAGGAGCUGCACCACCAUCAGCAUCAGCACACGCACCUGCACCAGCACCAGCACCAGCAUCAGCCGCUGCUACCGGGAGCGGCUGGCGGUGCGCCCGCCCUCUUUCCGCCGCCCCUCUUCAAGGACGUGCCGAAGAUCGGCGCCGUCGACUCGCCGUUCUACCGCACCGGGCUCGGCAUGCCACCGUACGCCGGCUACCCGCCCGGUUUGCUCCACCCGGGGCUCAGCGGUCCCACCCAGUUUGUGCCGCCGAGCCACCUCCAGUCGUUCGUGCCGAAGCAACAGGCGCCACCGGUCGACCCGAACAAGAAGAAAACGGGCAAGUGGAACGCGAUGCACGUGCGGAUCGCGUGGGAGAUCUACCAUCACCAGGCGAAGCAGAACCCGGACAAGGCGGCCUCGAUCAAGACGGCGUCGGAGAUGCUGCGGCCACCGUCGCACAUGUACCCACCGUCGGCAGCCGCCGCCGCCGCGGCCGGGCUCGUGCGCCCGCACGAUCUGCCCUCGUCCACCUUUCCACCAGCAGGCCUUCCGGGGCGGCCGGGCCCGUACGAUUCUGCCCCGCUGCCGCCCAGCUACAUGAGCUCCCCGGGCAGCCACAUAGGAGUGUCCCCGUUCGGUCGGUACGCCUCGCCGUACGGUGGCUCGCCGUUCAGUGGCCUUUCGCCCUUCUCGCGCGACAUUCCGAUCGGUUCGCAGAUGCCGGGUGCGAUGCACGAUCCCUGGCGCAGCGCGUUGCCACGCGGUGUCGGUGCGUACCAGCAGGGUCCGCAGCCGCCGGGUGGUGCGGGGUGGCCACCGAUCAAGCAGGACCCGGGCCUGGUGGCGGAGAACGCGCGCCGUGAGGCGGAGGAACGCGAACGCCAGCGGGAGCGCGAGGAGCGGGAGCGCGAGCGGCAACGGCGGGAGCGCGAGGAGCGCGAGAAGCAGCGGGAGCGCGAGCGCGAGGAGAAACUGCGCAAGGAGCAGCAGGAGCGCGAGCGGGAACGGGAGCGGGAGCGGGAGCGCGAGCGCAAGGAGAAGGAACGGCGCGAGAUGGAGCGGCGUGAGAUGGAGCGCGAGCGGAUGCUGCACCAGCAGCAGCGGGAGUCGAAGGCAGCGGCCGCGGCCGCAGCAGUCGCAGCCGCCAACGCGGCCGCCUCGAUCAACCGGGACCGGUCGCCGCUGCGCAACGGCACCGAGCUCGACAUCCGGAUCAAGGAGGAACCGCGCAAGGACGACGAGCUGCUGAUGCGCAGCCAUGCGGCGGCCGUCGCCAGCGAUCCGCGCUACCAUCCCUCGAUGAUGCCGCACCCGUACAUGACCGGGCGGCAUCCGGCGGUGCACAUGCUCCCUGGGGGGCACCUAUCGCGCACGAUGCUACCCCCGACGAUGGGCCUGCCGACGCACUUCCCGCCGCACGGCUCCUGGGGUCCGGAUCCGUUCCGGGACUACCGGCUUGACUCGCUACACCACCCGCUACGCUACAACCCGCUGAUGGACGCUUAUCGGGCGGAGGAAGCGAAGGCGUCGCUCCUGUACGCAGCCCAAACGGCGGCACACUUCCGCGGCAAGGAGCCAAGCCCGGUGCCACCGCCGCAGCAGCAGCAACAGCCCCCGCCCCACCAUCGUAUGCCGUCCGGGCCCGGUGGUGGCGGUGCGGGAGGAGGAGGAGGCAAUCCCGGUGGUGGUGGCGGACCUCCUACCGGUCCCGGACCCGGAACGCCUGGCGGUGCUGGUUCGGGCGGUGGCGGAGGUGGCCGAGAUCCAUCCGGCGGUCCGCACAAAGCCCAAACACAUCCCGCGUCCGCGACGAGCAAUGGACCGAUGCCGGGCGCGGGCGGGCCCGGUGGUAUGGGUGGAGGCCCAGGUGGAGUGUCCGGUCCGGGUUCGGCUGGUCCACCACCAGCCGGCUCCGCGCUACCCGUCUCCAUCGAUAUGCACAAAAAGGAGGACACCUGUCAGUCCCGAUGAUAGUCGGCGGGUGGCGGCUCGGUAGAGCUCGGCGGUAGUGGCACCACUACCACCAUCGCCACCUGUGUGGCCACCGGCACCGGCAGCAGCAAUGUGCACCCAGUAACGACGACGCCACUG